GCGUCACACACCGCUGAGGGAGGCUAAUCAAUCAAUCAGCCUCAUUAGCCUCCUACCCAGCAGCAAAUCGCCUCGUGGCCGUGAACCGCUUAAUUGAUUAUUAGUACAAGUUUAUUGGUUUUGACUGUCGCAAUGGAGAGGGACUGUGGCGUGGCUGAAGAUUUUGACUGUUCACGCCUUCUGUGUGAGGAACUGGAGGAUUUGGAAACAAAGAUUUACCAGAGGAGGAGGACAAGGAGGUGGCAGAGGGACGGAGGGGAAGAGGAGGAAGUGUUUAAUCAGAGAAAGGAUGAAGAGGCAAGAGUGGAGGAAGGCCGAGAACAGGGGGGUGAGGAAACCGAAAAAGUUGUUGUGUCAGAAAAGCAGCGGAUGGCGGCGGAGGGAGAAGAGGAGGAGGCGGAGGAGGAAUACACUUAUGUGGCUGAGGAGACCCAGGAGGUUCAGGUGGAACACAAGGUUGAGAACAUCAAGGAAACAGUCGCUCAAGAGCCAGAAGACAAAGAUACAAGAAGUCCAGAGAAGAGCACCGAAAAGAAAAAGAGUAGGAAGCGGCGAGGGAGGAAGCCAAGUGAGCGGGUGAGGAACAGGAGAAGUUUGAAAGAUGUCAGCGAGCGGUUCGUGGAGGAGAAGGAGAGUCGGACACAGGAGGCGUCAGCUGUGAAUUCAGAGGAGAGGUCGUCUCCGUCGGAGCCUCCCGUUGGACUGAUUGGCAGCUGUGACCUCUCGGACCCAGUCGACCUGGCCUAUGAGGGGACGGGGCCGCAUUUCCCUCUUCCCCCGCCGUACUCCUCCCAGCCGCCAGCCUCCAUCCAACCUGCACCUCCUCAGCCCGACGGGACAAAAAGGCCACACAGCCCUCUCCCACCUGUCCGUGUCCACCAGCAGGGCCUACAGCCGCUCGAGAUGGAGAUAACGCAGGUCUACUCCACCCGACGCUCCAUCCGCUACAGCAGCAGGGGACAAGGCCGCGCUCUAAGCGUCCCUCUGCUGCCGGGAUUAGAAACUGUGGACAGCUGCAUGCUUCCCCCUGCACCGAAGAAGAAAACUCGAACGCUCUACAGUACCGAUCAGUUAGACCACUUAGAGGCCUUGUUCCAGGGGGACCACUAUCCUGACGCAGAGAAGAGGAAAGUCAUCGCGGCUUCAGUUGGUGUCACACCUCAAAGGAUUAUGGUCUGGUUCCAGAACCGCCGGGCAAAGUGGAGGAAGGCGGAGCGCUCCAACACUGCAAGGGUUGAACACCGACAGAGCAAAGCUGGAUGCAGCAGCAGCCCCACACGUCACCACAUCAAUCCCACCCUGCCCUCACUGGCCCCCAACAGUAAGGGACCUUGUUUUUCCAGUCACUGUGCCACUAGGCUGCCCCAACCCGCCCCAGCAGCACCUGUUUUCCCCAACCUGACCAACCAGACUCCACCCCCCUACAGCAACCUUCUGGCAAGCCUCAACAGCCCAGGUCAACUCAGAGGGAGGGACGUUGGCCAGCUUGCCCCUCAGGGGGGGUUGGCAGAGUACCACCCCAUGCCGAGCCCUCCCCCCUUGCGUCGAGCCAGUCUCCCUAUUUUCCCAACGGCUUACAACCCUGCAAACCCAACUCCUCCUCCUCCGCCACCACCUCAUCUCCUUAAAACACGGGCUCACACCCCACCUCUGUUUCUGGACGCUCUGGAGGGGGGCUCCGCAUUGCCACACCGCGACGCCCAGUCGCUGCAGACCGACACCUGUUCUCUCUUUGAGUUUGGGGAGAAGUUUGACUUCUUGACCUCAGGCCAGCAGAACAACCCCCUCUCCUACCAGCUGCAGACCUCAUACUCCUCCACCCAGCACCAACCUCAAGCAUCUCUGCCCUGCAUGACCUACCUCACCCCCUCCCCCUACCUCCCCCCCAACCCUCCAGAAACCAACCCGACCUCGUACCUGACCUUUGGCCCCGGAGGGAACUCCACUGGGAUGGUGACCUACUCGACCGGAGGCCACGCGUACUUUCAGUCGCAGAGCACCGGACAAAUACUUCUGCAGUCGGCCGGUCAUCACGGGGGGAUCGCCGCGUACCAGUCGUACCCGUGGGGCAGCAUGUACAGUCAACCAGCCCUCCACCAGCGGACUCCGUGCCCUCCAAUUUACCCCGGCAGCUUGGAAGGUGCUCGAGAUCACCAGCCCUCCUCCACCACCCUGCUUCCGCCUUCCUUCUUCGCCCAGGGGGAUCAGGGCUCCUCGCAUGCAAACCCUGAAUGCUCAUCUCACAACCAUACGCACAACUCCACCACCAGCAGCACCAGCAGCAGCACCGUCCUCCCCCCAGUGUCCUCCCUGCGGCCUUCUCGCCUCCGAGCAGAGAUCACUCCGGCCAAAGCUGCCUCCCUGCUGUCUUCUCAGGUCAGCCCUGCCUCUCCAGACAGCUCUCCGGGGCCCCCUGGUGCCAAAAUGGAGUAUGACAGCCCUCGAGAGAUUCCCAGCCACUUCCACUGCGAAUUCUCCCCCAUACACUUUUGAAUACAUGCAUGUUUGUGUGAGAGAGUGUGAUCAAGGUAUUGGUGUUGAUAUAUCCUGUGUAAAUGGGAGUAUUUCUGUAUUUGUAUUACUGUUAGGAUGUCGUUAGUAGAAAUAUUAUAAGUUGCCUGGGCUGCAUUUAGCUCGGCUGCAAUAAAUGCACAUUGUUCUGUCGAUAUUUUUUUACUUUUGCGUUAAACUCUCUUGAUUUAAA